AUGGAUGAGGGUACUACUGAAGCCCCUGCAGAUGAGUUUACUACUGGAGCCCCUAUAGACGAGUCCACUAGUGAAGCCCCUGUAGAUGAGUCUACUACUGAGGCUCCUGUAGACAAGUCCACUACUGAAGCCCCUGUAGAUGCGUCUACUACUGAAGCCCCUGUAGACGAGUCCACUACUGAAGCCUCUGUUGGUGAGUCCACUACUGAGGCUCCUGUAGACGAGUCCACUACUGAGGCCCCUGUAGACGAGUCUACUACUGAGGCCCCUGUAGACGACUCUACUACCGAGGUCCCUGUUGGUGAGUCUACUACCGAGGCCCCUGUUGACGAGUCUACUACUGAGGCACCUGUAGACGAGUCCACUACUGAGGCCCCUGUAGACGAGUCUACUACCGAGGCCCCUGUUGACGAGUCCACUACUGAGGCCCCUGUUGACGAGUCUACUACUGAGGCCACUACUGAAGAGUUUACUACUGAGGCCGCUGUAGAUGACUCUACUACUGAGUCCACUAUGGAAGGGUCUACUACUGAGGCUCCUGUAGCCGAGUCCACUACUGAAGCCCCUGUUGGUGAGUCUACUACCGAGGCCCCUGUAGACGGUUCUACUACUGAAGCCCCAGUGGAUGAGUCUACUACUGAAGCUCCUGUAGACGAGUCUGCUACUGAGGCCCCUGUAGAUGAGGGUACCACUAAAUCCCCUGUAGACGA